CAGAAGGAAGUAGAGACGCAAGAAACCAGCUCGUUUAAGGGGGUGUUUACCUGAUACUUACAAAAUAAAAUCUGUAAUGUAAUGCCGUUAAAUCGCGAGCUGAGGAAGGAUAUGUCUUAAUGUAUUUCAUACCUGAGGCCAGGAUUAGUGAGAGGACCUCUCGUCCGUACGUUAUCCACAUGAGGAAUGCUGGGAGCAUGCAGCCCGUGUACAGAAGAGACGCUGGAGUCUGGAACCAAACAAGAAGUCUUCUCUACAAGAAUCUACUCAUCAAAUGGAGGACCAAGCAGCAGAGCCUGCAGGAAUUGAUCCUCCCUCUGCUCCUGUUGGGCCUCCUGAUACUCAUCAGCACCCUGAAUCCUCAUGUUUACUAUGGCGGAAUCAGCACGACGGAGCUGGAGAGUGACAGCCACUUCUUCAAAGGCCUCGGCUACACACCAAUCAGUAACAUCACCACUCACAUCAUGGAAGAGGUGGCUCAGAAUAUGCUUAUGCAGGAUCGUCUGGAGAUGUUCUCCAGUGAGGAGGAUCUGGAGAACGCCAGCCUCUACGAGCCCUCCAGCUACGUUGGCGUCGUGUUCAUGGACAGCUCAGCCACAUCUUACAAACUCCGUUUCCCGCACAACCAGCUGCCUUUACCCAGUGACUACACAGAGUCUAUUGCCAGCUGCUUGUCGAGCUCGGUAAACUGCAGGGCUGCAAAUUACUGGUACUCCGGCUUCAUUCACCUCCAGUCUCUGAUCGACGCAGCCAUUAUUCAGAUGCAGACAAAACGUUCGGUGUUGAGCGAGCUCGAACUGAAGGCGGUGAUGAUGGGUCAGCCCGGCUCUGUGGAGGUUCAGAAGUUCCCCCACGCCCUCAUCUCCAUCUACCUGGUCCUGGCUUUCACGCCCUUCGUCACCUUCCUCAUCGUCAACGUGGCGGCUGAGAAGGAGCAUCGUCUCAAAGACACCAUGACCAUGAUGGGGCUUUACGACACAGCCUUCUGGUUAUCAUGGGGCCUCCUGUACGCUGCUCUGGUGACCACCAUGUCCAUCCUGAUGGCCAUCAUCGCAACGUACACAGCGUUGUUUCCUAACAGCAACUUCCUUGUCAUCUUUUUCCUCAUAUUCCUCUAUGGAAUAUCAUCAAUCUUCUUCUCCUUCAUGCUGACUCCGCUGUUUAAGAAGCCCAAGUUUGCCAGCACGGUGGGAUCCAUGCUGACGGUGGUGUUUGGCUGCUUGUCACUCUUCACCGUCCUCGUGAAGGAUUUCCCACAGCCGCUGGUGUGGCUUCUGUGCCUGCUGUCGCCCAGUGCCUUCUCCAUCGGCAUUGCACAGGUUGUUUAUUUGGAGGCACAGGGAGACGGUGCUGUAUUUUCUUCUCUGACUAACGGGCCUCAUCCUUUGUACGUGCCGUUGCUGAUGCUGGUUGUGGACUGCAUCCUUUAUCUUCUGCUGGCUAUCUACCUGGACCAGGUCCUGCCUGGUGAGUUUGGAAUGCGGAGGUCCUUGAUUUACUUCCUGAAGCCGUCCUAUUGGUCCAAACGCAGAAAGCGCUAUGUUGAGGUGAGCUCGGUGUACGACACUGAGCUGAACGGCGCUCCUGGUGGGGACGAGUCUAUCGAGCCGGUUUCUCCCGAGUUCAGAGGGAAAGAAGCCAUCCGCAUCAAUAACAUCCGCAAAGUGUACAAAGAAAAGGACAACGUGGUGGAGGCUCUGAGGGGUUUGACCUUUGACAUCUAUGAGGGACAGAUUACAGCUCUGCUGGGACACAGUGGGGCUGGAAAGUCCACCCUCAUGAACAUCCUGUGUGGGAUCUGCCCGCCGACGAACGGCACGGCCACCAUCUACGGCUCCCCUGUGGCAGAGAUUGCCGACACGUCCGAAAUGAAGCAGCUGGUGGGAAUCUGCCCUCAGUUCAACAUCAUCUUUGAUGUGCUCACGGUGGAGGAGCACCUGAGGAUAUUUGCUGCCAUCAAAGGGAUCCCACGAGCAGACAUCGACGCCGAGGUCACAAAGGUGCUGAAGGACCUGGACCUGGAGAAGAUCAUGACGGCUCAGGCCAAGAAUCUGAGCGGAGGCCAGAAGAGGAAACUGUCUGUGGGCAUCGCCAUUCUAGGAGAUCCCAAGAUCCUGCUCUUAGACGAGCCCACGGCCGGCAUGGACCCCUACUCCAGGCACCAGGUGUGGUCUCUGCUGAAGAGUCGCCGGACCGGCAGAGUCACUGUGCUCAGCACGCACUACAUGGACGAGGCAGACAUCCUUGCUGAUCGCAAAGCUGUGAUCUCUCAAGGUCAGCUGAAGUGUGUUGGCUCCUCUCUGUAUCUCAAGAUCAAGUGUGGUGUGGGCUAUCAUCUAAGAAUGUCUAUCAGCGAGGCAUGUGACGCAGAAAAGAUCACGUCUUUGGUUAAGCAGCACGUUCCCAAAGCCAAGUUAUCCCGACAGCACGAGGCGGAGCUGACCUUCACUCUGCCCUUUGAGAGCGUGGACACGUUCCCAGGCCUGUUCUCGGAGCUCGACUCUCAACCCAGAUUGGGAAUAGUCAACUAUGGUGUUUCCAUGACAACUCUGGAAGAUGUUUUUCUACGUUUGGAGGCAGAGGCUGAAGUGGAUCAGGCUGACUACAGCGUGUUUAAUCGAGAGCAGGCGGACGACGAGUGCGACACCGCCUCCCUGGACGACACGGACCAGAGGCUGCUCACGUUCUCCGACACAAAGUCGGACGUUGUGACGGGUCACGCCCUGUGGCGGCAGCAGUUCAGCACCGUGGCGUGGCUGCACAUGCUCAACAUGCGCCGGGAGAGGAAGGCCUUCAUUUACACUCUGGCCUUGUUCCUGGUGUUUGUGGCUGCAGUCCUGGUUUUGUCGCUGGCCACAGGAAACAUCCAGAUUCACUCCUCAGACCGCCAAUUUCUGCCAAUUUACCUCCUCAGGAGUAACCAGGCGCCCCAGAGAUACGCCACAAGCCUCCUGGUUCAGAACUCAACUGGCUCUGAUAUUUCCGAUUUCAUCCACAACAUCGAGUCUCAGGACAUCAAAGUGGAAAUGAUGAAGCAGAGCGACUACAUGGCGGCGGCUCCCCACAGCGCUGCCAUCAACGUAACAAGAUCCAGCAAGGGUUUCAGAUACAGCGUUGCAUUUAACAGCACGACUGUUCACUCCCUGCCCAUGACUGUCAAUAUACUGAGCAAUGCUCUUCUAAGAGGUCUGAAUGGGACCGGGCAGAUCCGAACGUGGACCAAACCUUUUGAAUAUCAAAUCCCUGAUGCUACAUCCUACGCGCUGGUGUACAUAGAGGCGAUCAUACUGGGAAUGCUGGCAGCUGGAAUGCCGGCAUAUUUUGCAAUGGACCACACUCGAGACCGAGAGAUAAAGUGUCGCUCAACUCUGCGCAUCUCUGGUCUCGUACCGUCAGCGUACUGGUGCGGUCAGGCAGCGGUGGACAUCCCGUUCUAUUACCUCAUCCUGUCCUUCAUGUCCAUCAUCCUUUUCUCCUUCCACACCGGAAACCUGCUCAACUCCAGCAACCUCUCUGCGGUGGUUCUCUGCACCGUUGGCUUCAGCCCAGCCAUGAUUCUCUUCACUUACGUGUCGUCUUUCGGCUUCACCCGAGUCCAAAGCAACAGGGAUUUUUUCUCUGUCAUCUCCAUGAUGGUGUGCGUCGUGUCAGCCUCGGUGGUUCAGUUGUCCUUCGUAAACAACAAUCCAGUUUUGACAAGAACCCUGCACAACGUCUUGUGUUUGCUCAACCCGCUGUACCCUCUCAUGGGCUGUCUCAACUGCAUCACCAAGGCCACCUUCCUCCCGACUGUCUACGAGGAGAACUUCCUGUGGAAGAACCUGCUCAUUUCAGUUUUAGCCCCCUAUCUCCAGUGCAUCGUUCUGCUUUUCCUGCUUCGCUGGCUGGAGAUCCAUUCUGGAGGAAGGACGAUGAAAAACGAUCAGCUCUGCAGGAUCUCAUCCCAGUCCAAGGCCAAGGUGGAGAGGAACCUAGAAGAAGGCCAGAAUGAAGACGAAGAUGUCCAGAUGGAAAGGGCCAGAGUCAAAGAGGCCCUCAGCUGUCAGUCCUGUGAAGAGAAACCAGUCGUGGUUGUGAGUAACCUGAAGAAGCAGUACAAGGGCAGGAGAGAAGGAUUUUCUCUAAGCAAGAAGAGGAAGCUGGCCACAAAGAACGUCUCUUUCUGUGUCCGUAAAGGUGAAGUUCUUGGACUGUUGGGCCCCAACGGAGCAGGAAAGAGCACCAUCAUGCACAUGUUGGCAGGUGACACUGACCCCACUGCAGGCCAGGUGCUGAUGGGAGACUACAGCACUGAGUUUCGCUCAGUGGACAAUCCUCUGGAGCACGUGGGCUACUGUCCACAGGUGAACCCUCUGUGGCCUCGGGUCACUCUGCAGGAGCAUCUGGAGAUCUACGCCGCCAUUAAAGGCCUGAAAGGAGAGGACGUGCCGGGGAUCAUCAAACGUGUGGUGAAUGCUCUGGAGCUGAAGGACCACUUACACAAACAAGCCAAGACUCUGUCUGCAGGACUCAAGCGGAAGUUGUGUUUUGCCUUGAGCAUGAUCGGGAAUCCUCAGAUCGUCUUACUGGAUGAGCCUUCAUCAGGGAUGGAUCCAAAGUCCAAACAGCGCAUGUGGAGGGCCAUGCGAGCCGCUUUUAAGAACCGUCAGCGCGGAGCCAUCCUGACCACUCACUACAUGGAGGAAGCCGAGGCUGUGUGCGACCGCGUCGCCAUCAUGGUUUCUGGGCAGCUGAGAUGUAUCGGUUCCAUCCAACAUUUAAAAGGAAAAUAUGGCCGCGGUUACAGUUUGGAGGUGAAACUUAGAGAAGAGCUGACGGGGCUCCAGCAGGUGGCGCUGUUGCAUAAGGAGAUCCUACGAAUAUUCCCUCACGCCGCUCGGCAGGAGAGCUUUGCUACGCUGAUGGUUUACAAGAUCCCCAUGGAGGACGUCCAAUCACUGGCCAAGUCUUUCUCUCAGUUAGAGAGCGCCAAGCAAACCUUCAACUUUGAAGAGUACAACUUCUCCCAGUCCACCUUAGAGCAGGUGUUUAUGGAGUUUGCCAAGGAGCAGGAGAACGAGGAGGACGAGGUGGGCUCCCUCAGCACAACUUUCCAGUGGCAGCGGCUGCGCCAGGACGGCUCCGUCUCGGUCAACCACACAGACAGCAUCGUGCACCAGCUCUGAACUCCACCCAAGAGGGAGCUGCCCGGUAACUGACCAGAAACCCGAAACUGCCAGGCUUCAGCGCCUGAGGGCUCACGCCAGCACUGCUCCGCAAACUGCACGCCCACCGCCUUUAAAAUGAUACCUGAGUGGGUGGAGGGGGUGGGGCUUGCAUACACUGGGAUUGACUGUGUGUUUGGGCUGUUGUGGCCUCUUCCUGUGGGCCUGUGGGAGCGCAUGUGUAUGUUGCUGUCGUCCAUCGGUGCUCGGUGCUUUCUGAAUGGCACUGACCGAGGGGCCUGCAGUCUUUCUCAGCACGCUGAUGCCACACUUACUCCUCUUUCUAAUGUUUUUUAUCUUCACAGGGAGUCCGUUAA